AUGGCCCCCCGACUGGCGCCAGUAGGCGCAGGACUCACCCUCCGACUACCCCUCCGAACAACCUCCCCGGCCUCCCUCCUCCGAACAACGCAAUUCCACACUUCCACCCCCCAAUCCGUAAAACUCGGCUGGUCCACCCUCCCCCCCCGCGCCAAACCAACCCGCUUCAACCAAGUCACCUCGGGCCUCCCCGCCCCCACCGCCGGCCCAGCCGCCGCCCUCAAGCGAAAAGCCCAGUCCACGCCCGUCCGCGCCGGCGUGCUGGCCAUAAAGAAGGGCAUGACCGCCUUCAUGGGCCUGACCGGUACACGCAUCCCCUGCACCGUCCUCCAGCUCGACCGCGUCCAGACCGUCCUCAACAAAACAAGAAAAGACCACGGGUACUGGGCCGUGCAAGUCGGUUUCGGGGAACGUGACCCGAAAAACGUUGGCGCGCCGAUGCUGGGGUACUACGAAGCAAAGGGCAUCGCGCCCAAGGAACAACUCGCGGAAUUCAAGGUCAGGGAUGAGAAGGGGUUGCUGCCGGUCGGUGUCCAGCUCAUGCCGGACUGGUUCUACAUCGGGCAGAGGGUUGAUGUGAGGAGUAACUCUCGGGGUAUGGGUUUUGCGGGUGGCAUGAAGAGGCAUGGGUUUUCCGGCCAGGAGGCGUCGCAUGGUAAUUCGAAGAACCAUCGGACUAUUGGUUCUGCUGGUCCUUCGCAGGGUAGCGGCAGCAGAGUGCUGCCGGGGAAGAAGAUGCCCGGACGGAUGGGGAACCAGAGGGUUACGGUGCAGAACCUGCCGAUCCUCCUGAUUGAUAACGAUCUUGGGAUCGUGGUUGUCAAGGGGGCUGUGGCGGGGCCGAAGGGGUGUGUGGUCAAGAUUCAGGAUGCGUGCAAGAAGCCGCCGCCGCCGGAGGAGCACAUCGAGAAGACGAUGAGGGCUUUGAAGGAGAGGUUUCCCAACGCGGAGGAGCAUUUGCAGCAGGCGAGGGAGAGGCAUCUCGAGCUGAAGAGGGCCAGACGGGAAAAGAGGAUAGAGGAGAUUUUGGCUGGGGGGUGGGAGCCGACGAGGGAGCAGGCCGAGAUGAUGGAGCGGGCGGCUGCUGAGGAUGGGCAUGAGAGUUUGGGUGGGGAGCAGCAGCAGCAGCGGGCUACGUUGUAA